CUAACCUAAGACAAGCUUUUAUUUUUUAAGCUGGAAAAACCCUCUUCGAUGUAUUGGGGAGAUUGGGUUUUACACCAGUCUUUCUAGGGAACCCUCAAGUAUAAAAAGCCGUUGACUUGGGCCUAGUGAUCAACCAUUCGAUGAUCAUCAAUCGAACUAAACAUUUUUAGAUUUUCGUCCUCAAAGAGAAAUCAUGGCCACUCGUCCUAUCUUGUUGAUGUUGUGUGUUGUUUUGUCUCUCCUGGCCAUCACUGUUGUGGUUGAAGGAGCUCCGCGCAACCGUCGCCAUCUCGAGGCAAUUUUGAGCGGACUGUUGGGAACUCGUUACGGUUACGGUAAUCCGUAUGAUGGCGGUUAUGGGUACGGUGGAUAUGGUGCCGAGUACGCAGAAUACGGUCCUGGUGAAGAAGGAUAUUAUGGCUACGCUGGCGACUAUGAUCGACAGCCCGCCAGCAGCGCACCGAUAACUAUUGAGAUUGAAGCCAAAUAGAAAGCCUUGAAUAUGUGUUCAUUCUAAAACAAUAAGGUCUAUAACGAAUUUUUAAAAAUGUUGUUUCAAAAACGUGAAAAUACAUGGUUAACAAAGCAA